AUGACACUUGGUGAUACGCGGACUUCAUCCGCAGACCCUUCUGCGCACAUGGAUGGGGUAGUUCAAGCAGCUGAUGAAGGGAAUGGAGGAAGUGAUGUCGAUGUGGCCGGACUCACUCAUGAUGAGGCUGAUCUUGAGGAGCUCACUGAAGAACAUUUUGAAGAGGAAACUCUCGUGGAAGACGUCAAAAAAGGUCGUCAGAGUGAGCAUGCUUCGGUGAUGGCUUCAGUGAAAGCUCAACGUCAUAUGAUGGGGAUGGGUGCUUUUCGAUGUCCUCCUAAAUACGCAUGUUUGGGUUGUCGUGGACUUCUAACAGAAGCUCAAAAGGACCGGCACAAAUUGCUUGGGUGCGACAAAGGAAAGGAUAUUAAGAAUGCUGAAGUCGCGGAUCUGCCCCCAAAACAUAAUGGUACCUUCUGUAGCCAGUGCCUCGCUUUUUAUCCAACUUUCCGAAUGCUUUGUCAACAUUAUGAGCAGGAGCAUGGUCUGGAUUGUCCAGUUGAAGAAGUUUUAGUCAAAUCUGAAACGGAAUUCGACCAAUUUUACAAAUGGAUUCAAUCGGAAGGCGGAAUCAAGUUUAUUGGAACUAAGACAAGGACCUCUCGUGAUGGUUCACGUGUGUAUCGUUUUUUCCAGUGUUGUAUGGUGGCACGUGGAGUGAAGCAAGCGGAGGAAUUGGCCAAACGUGGGAUAAAAGGACGGCCUUUGAUCAGUUGUACCGCCUACGUAAGACGUAUACCACAAGAUGACGGAACUUUCAUCGUGGAGUACUGUUCAGUGCAUUCGCAUGGCUUGCCUAUGGAUGAACCUGCCGUCUUCUUCAACGCGGAGAAGUUCGUGAGGCGCAGAAGAAAAAGGACUCCAGAUUCAAACAGAAGAAGAAGUUCACCUAUCAGAUGCUUUAGUCCUGGAAGUCAGCGCAUGAAUACAAAUGCUGUUGGGACAUGGCAUUCACCUCGCACGAGGAAACGAAGCGCUGCAAUGCAACGAGCCAUCGAGGAUAACUACUUCAGUAGCCAUGAGAUGCCUUACGUUAGUGAGCAGGACGAAACCGGUGAUAAUACGCCGGACAUAAAACCGUCGCCUAUGUUAAAGUUAACAAACAACGAUGAGGAUCAUUCACCUACAAGAAAACGAGGACGUCAGCGUAGCGCGAAGACUACUCCCAAUUCUUCCCGAAGUGUUAGCGAUUUACCAGUUUGUCCCAUUGAUGCCGCCAAAAAAUCACUUGAAAUCAUCUUUCAGAAGUUGAGUACUCUUCCGCCGGAGAUGACUCAGCAGUUCGUUCCUAUUCUGGAAGACUUAGCAUCGGAUGCUACAGAUGCGCACGAUAAAUUUGAAGAACUGAAGAACUUUGUUCCAAGACGAAGUUUGGCCCGAUUCCGUAACCAACGAUGA